UCAUAAUUCCCUUUAUCUCGAGUCUCCUGCUUUUCCGGUUAUCAUUCCAUUCUGUCAAGUGAUAAUCUAUUUCGCUCACCUCCAUCUUCGUACGGGAAUCACAUUAACUUGGGUUCCUUACAUCUUCAUCCCACGAAAUAACCCUGUCUAUCCUCUCGUGGCCCCCCAUUACCCCCAAACUCCAAAUACCAAAGCGAACCUAUCAGUCCUCGAGACACCCCGCGCCGGUCCCCUCCCGUCCCUCAUUCCCAGGACCCUCGCCCUCGUGUUUUUUCAGCAUAUUUUGUGUUGUCGGCACCCCUCAUCCGGCACUUGGGCCAAUCCCGCUCAUCGAGCCCUCCCUAUUAGGAAGUUAGGCCAAGCCCCCUUUGACACCCUAACCCAUCAUCCCACGCUUCACCCCACGCCGCCGGCGUCAUCCAGCUUCCAUCAUGGCCCCAGUAGCAACGGGUGAGAUGGCACCAAUGCACCUACCCGUCUACAAGUCAAAGUCUUGUUCGGUCACUGCGUCAGUCUUGUAUGGUCCUCGAGACUUGCGAUUGGAGACGAGGAGCAUUGAAGAACCGGCCGCCGGGGAGCUGCAGAUUGCCAUCAAGCGGACCGGUAUCUGCGGGUCUGAUGUCAGCUACUACAAGAAGUUCGCCAACGGCGACCUCUGCGCGUGCCACCCCCUCUCCCUAGGUCACGAGUCUUCGGGAGAGGUCGUCUCCAUCGGGCCGCAGGUCACGGGCUUCAAGCUGGGUGACCGCGUCGCUCUCGAGGUCGGCGUCCCCUGCGGACAGUGCACCAUCUGCCGCAAAGGCAGAUACAACCUCUGCAAAAAGAUGAAGUUCCGGUCCAGCGCCAAGAGCGUGCCCCAUUACCAGGGAACCCUCCAGGAACGAAUCAACCACCCGGCGGCGUGGUGCCACAAGAUCCCCGACCACGUCUCCUACGAGGCGGCCGCCCUCCUCGAGCCGCUCUCCGUCGCCAUCCACGCCGUCAACAGAGCCGCACCGGAGCCCGGCUCAACGGCCUUGGUCAUCGGCGCAGGAACCGUCGGGCUUCUGACGGCCGCCAUGGCGCGGCAAGCUGGCUGCUCCGAAGUUACCAUCACCGACGUCGACGCCGGCCGCGUAAACUACGCCGUCGAAAAGGGCUUCGCCACCCACGGCCACGUCGUCAAGACCAACUCCGGCACCUCCACGCCAGCCGACCCGGGCGUCAUGACCCCCGCGAGCAUCUUCUCCGUUCAGAGCGUCCAGAGCAAAUUCGACGGCGCAAAGUCCCUCGCUGCCGAGAUCCUGGCCCUCACAAAGGUGCCCGAAGAACUCGACUCGGACGCCGAGGACGACGGGGUCGACGUCACCUUCGAGUGCACCGGCAAGGAGGUCUGCAUGCAUACCAGCCUGUACGCCACCCGGCCCGGCGGCAAAGUCAUCAUGGUCGGCAUGGGCACGCCCGUGCAGACUCUGCCGCUGUCGGUCGCGCACCUGCGGGAGAUUGACAUCCUGGGCAUCUUCCGGUACGCGAAUACCUACCCGACGGGCGUCCGUCUGCUCUGCGCCAAGGGCAACGGCGGGCUUCCGCCUUUGGAUGAUAUGGUUACGCACCGGUUCAAGGGGUUGCAGAACGCGUCAAAGGCGUUUGAGCUGGCGAGUCGGACGUUUGAUGACGAGGGCAAGCUUGUGCUCAAGGUUGUUAUUGAGGCUUGAGAUGGAGCCCCUUUUCUCUUGAUGCGUAAUUCUCUUUUUGGGGGGUUUUGGGUUUACAAGUAUGCGGGUUUGAUUAUAGAUAGUACCCUAGAUUCCUUUCUUUCUUUUCUUUUUACUUUUUUUUCUAAAUUUUGGAAAGCAAGCAUUGGAUAGUUUGAUGAGGUUGUCAUGAUGACGAACUUGAUACCUACUUAGAGAGUACAGAAGGGCCGUUGGGUUUAUUUACUUGCCUUGGGUUGACCGGGACACAAAAAAAAAGAUGAAGAAAAAUUAGCAUAGGUAGUCUGCAGGCUGAAAAUACAAAACGGAGAACAUGGCAA